AUGCGAUUCGCCGAAGUGUUUUCUUCUUCUGUAUCUUCUUCAUCGAACGAUAAUACUUCUUUUAGAAGAAGGUUUAAUAAUGAGAGGAGUAAACAACAGAGAGGAAAAUUGGUAAUCACGAACGUCGCUCGCUCGAAAGGGUUACGCAGACGUUCGAGAGAUGGACCGAAUCGGAGCGGGAAAGUGGCUUUUUUCAUCACCGUGACGAGGAGGAGGAAUAGCAAUAGCGACAGCACAAGCACAGGGAAAGGGAGUAGUUUUAGCAAUGAUAACGGUGGUGGCAAAUAUGGUAAGGAGGACGACGAUGAAAACGCCGAGGACGACAAGAGAUACGACGAAUACGGCGAAUCUCUUUCUUCUUCAUCUUCGUUUACGUCGUCGAAUGAAGAACGCGUGGCGGUCAUCGGCGCGUUGGACGCUUUCGGCGGAUGGGACUCUCGGGAGUGUUUGCAACUCGUCCAAACGCCGAACGAUGCGGAGAAAUGGACCGGGAAGAUUGAUUUAUCCGACGAUGCGGCGUUUAGUAAAACCGAGUUGAAAUUAGUGUUGCUCGAUCAGUUUCAAAAUGUCAUCCAGUGGUCUCCCGGGGAGUCGUUUUACGUCGAGUUGCCGGAGAGAUGCGUGAAAUACGAAAUAACAGUCGAUUGGCCGAUAGACGACGAGAGAUUGACCGCGAGUUCCACGGCGAAAGUGGAAGUAAAAGCGUCGGAGAAUAAAAUUGAAACUGGCGGGGCGUGGUUAGCGUGGGAUGGUCAGAAACCAUCGGCGAAGCAAAUGGAAGGCAUGAACGAGUCCUCGGAGGAAGGAGAGAAGGAAGAAGUCGUCGAGGCGACGAAAGAUGAUGAUGAUGAUGAUGAUGACGACGACGACGACGACACACGAGAAGGAGGGGCAAAAGCGAAAUCAUCAUCAUUAUCAACAGAGAGUCAAGAUGAUGACGACGACGACGACGUUAAUGGCAAAGAUACAGGAGGAGAAGAAGGCGAAGAAGAGGACGCGGCAGCGCUGAGCAACGAUUUAGCGGUUGAGUUAGGCUACAGUCCCGGGUCGCACUUGAGCGGCAUCAAAACAGGAUUAGAAACCGAAAUCGUCUAUUCCGCCGCCGAUCAAUCUCGAGGUCGAGGCGUACAGAUUGGCGUUUUAGAGGAAGGCGAACUCGUCGAAAUUUGGUCCGAACACGGCACGGAAGUUGGUAAAGGCAUGCGCGUCGGAGACGUGUACAUCGGUACGGUCGCGCGAGUUAUGAAAGGCAUGAACGCGCUGCUCGUGGAUUUAACCGGAAAAGGCCCACCGUAUGCUUUAUUGCAAAAAGGUGUCGACUCUCCAGCCAUGGCUUGGAAAACAAAAAUUGAUUGGGUCGAUAGACCGGACGGAACGCACGCGCCGGUAGAAGUCAACAGAGCAAAAGGUUUACUUCGAAAAGCGAGGAAGUUGAAGCUGUUACAAGAGGAGUACGGAGAAGACGCGGUUGCGAAAUGUUCGCAGAAGCAACUGAAAGAGUUGAUGAAGACAUCCGAAUUGAUUAAAGCGUGGGAAGAAAAACAUUUGUUUGAAGAAGAGUAUGACAAAACGAUCAACGGGAGCGCGGAGGACGACGACGACGAGGAGGAGGGUGAGGACGACGACGACGAUGAUUUAUCGACUACAUCAGAAGUUGGCCUGACAAAGAAACGGUGGACGAGCGGCGAAUGGGGCGAUCUAUGGGACGGAAGUGGUGGGCCUUCGCCGAGUAAAGAGAAGAGCUUAUUAAAUCGCGCGCGCACGGCUGCUGAAGAAGCGGCUGCUGAAGAACGGCGAAAGAAUACCUUGGCGUCUGGAUCUUCCGAGUCCUGGCGAGGCGCCGGCGGGCGUUCGCCGGCGUCUGAGAGUCAUUUGACGACUCGUGGUGACGACGAAGAUGAAACUGGUCAGAGCAAAGAAAGAGAUAAAAUACCUCUGCUUUCCUUGGAGCGGUGGCGGUUAGAUUUGUCCGUCAUCAAAAUGGAACUCGCGGCGAUGAAAUCCGUCGAACUCGCGUUGGAAGCACCAACUAACGACGCUUUAGACUUUGAAUCGGACGAAUUCAUGGCGAGUGUAGCUGGGCAAAUGGACGACAUCGAAGUGGACGAAGAAACUGGGGAAAUCACGGAGGAAUGGAUAGAAGAAGACGAUGGGGAGGAUGGCAGGGAAAUCUUAUUCGGCGCGGAAGAAGUCGAAGUCGACGAUAGCGAUGAUUUUGAAGUGAGCGUGGAUGAAGAUGACAAGAAGAGUAACGCCGCGAAACCAAAAACAACGAAGACGUCAAAUGCUAACGGCGAAGAAGAAGAGGAAGACUUUGGCGACGAUCCAGAGGCCGGAAAGAGAGAAAAAAUUCGUAAAAUCCGCGACAAAUUCGGCGUCUCGAAAGAGGACAUUCGGGGCGCUUGCGCCACGAAAUGGGAACAGGGACAACCAAUCGUCGUCCAAGUCACUCGACUCGGUCAAUUCAACAAAGGCCCGCGCGUUUCGGCCCGUCCAACGCUUCCUGGUAGAAAUGUAGUAUUGUGCCCGGAUGGUGAAGGCGUGUACGUUUCUCGCAAACUCAUCGGUCCUGCGCGUAAAUACGUCAAAUCGGUUGGUUUGAGCGUUUGCCCGUCCGAUUCGGCGUUGAUCAUGCGCACCGAAGCCGCUGGCGUCGCGCAGGACGCUUUAGAGCUAGAUAUUAAACGUCUCGUAGACGAUUGGAAUUCAGUGAAGACUACCGCGGAGAAACUGGUGAAACAAUCCUCCAGCCUCCAAAACGACUUUAUGCGAAAGAAAUUUCGCAUGGAUGGACAUUUGAACUUAUCCGCAAAGCAAGCGUAUGAUUACCCAGACUUGGAACCAAGACGAUUAUUGAAUUCGGCGACUAGUGAGCAAGUUUUAGUGCGCGAUUUGUUUGGCGAACGCAUAUCAAAGUUGUACGUGGACACGACGAGUGCGUAUGAGGCAAUUGUGGACGAUCUCACGAGAGCCGGCGCCUCGAAAGAAAUCAUCAAUAGGGUGGUUUUAUUCGCCGCUGGAAGUAGCACGAACAACAACGACGAUAACUAUGGUGGCUCAAGAAAUGCAUUAUUUCAACACCUCGGUAUUGCCAACGCGGUGGAAUCUCUCGACGAAGAAGUCAUAUGGCUCGACCAGACGGAACUUCCCGGCGCACAUUUGGUCAUUCAACGCACGGAAGCGCUGACCGCCAUCGACGUGAACGCCGGUCGAUCAGUCAUGAAAAAGGAAGGCGUGGAUAACGAGGAGCUAGCGCGUCGCGUCAAUAUAGAAGCGGCAAAGACGGUCGCCAAAACGCUGCGUUUGCGCGACAUUGGCGGAUUAGUCAUGAUUGAUUUAAUCGAUAUGGAAGACGAAGGGUCGAGACGCGAAGUCGAAGUCGCGUUUGAAUCCAUCGCAAAAAGAGACCGAGCGCAGUUAACUUUCCUGCCAAUAUCUCCUCUCGGAGUAAUGGAAGUCGCCAGAGAACGCAUGCAAACGCACGGCGACGGAGGUAUGAACAUAAUUGCGGACGAAAAAGGGAUGCCGAUUGAAUCCGACGAUUACUACACCCCUCGAGAUAACCGAUUUUCCCCUAAUAAUAACAACAGGAGGGUCGGAGGAGGAGGAUAUUACAACCGUCAACAACACUCCAUGAGCGCGAGAAACGAAAACUACAAUCAAAGAGGAAUCGAUGGAAAUGGCCCAAGUAUCAACAGACCUCCGCGUCGAUACGGUAACAACAACAACGCUUCGAACGGGUACGAUGCUAACUAUAAUAAUAAUAAUAAUAACGACCGCGACUUCAGAAACGAGGAUUCUUCUUCACGCCGACGACGAGUCGUGAGAAGAAAUUUUUACGAUAGCGAAGGUGGAAGAGGAAAUUCGAACGCGCCACCCUGGAUCGAUGGCAGUGUCAGCAGUGGCAGAGGACGAGGACGAGGAUCCUCGCCCGGACGAGGAGGCAGAGGCAGAGGAGGCGGACGAAAUAGCAAUAGCAAUUAG